UUAAAAAAAAAAAUUCUAUGAGAUCAUGUUAGAUUGAAACCUACCGGAACGGGUUGGAUUACCAGCCCUAAAUGGAUUAUAUUGACAACUAUAAAUAUUAAUUAAUCCCAUUAAUACAAUAACUCUAGACUUUAAUUAAUCAUUUUAGCAGAUACGGACCUAUAAAUAAGUACACAGUGCAUGCUGCAUAAAACAAACAAGUGCUCCAACAGAAGUAAAAAAUUUUUACUAUCAUUUUUAGCGAGAAUAAUUAAGGUUGAAAAUGGGGAAGAAAAUGAUGGGUUUCUCAGCUUGGUUUCUGUUGGUUUUAGGGUUAGUGUUUUUGGUUGUUAGUAAUAACUCUGUGAAUGCAGAUACGGAAGCAACAUGCCUGGACUGCGUAGUGAAUUUUCUAAACUUUUGCAGGCCCUACUUGGUGGGUAAAGCAGCCACACCCGACGUUAAUUGCUGCAUAGGUUUGUCUAACACAGUCGGUGGCAUUACCAAACCCAAAACCCGCAAGGAUAUCUGUGAAUGUCUUCACUAUUAUGCGGUACUUGACGGAGAUAAGCCUGAUAGAGCUAAGCAAGUGCUCAAACAUUGUAAUAUCGAGUUCCCCGUGCCCCUUGCUCCCUCCGCCGACGAUUGCAAGAACAUCCAUUAGAAAAUCGAAGUGCGGUAGCUGAGUGGAUAUAUCAUAUGUCUGUCCCGAAAUAAAAUGAAGAUCACAGCAAUAAAUUUGAAAAAGUUCUCUAAUAUUGUAGUUGAAACCGAAUAGCGUUUCAUUUCUUUUCAUCUCGGUCUUGCCUAUGCGGACAGGAAUUAGAAUAUACAAUAUGGAAUAUUAUAAGUGGAAUUCUCUCAGGUUUUCUGAUAUCUCUACCUCUUAACAGUAUUACAAGUUAACGUUUCUUGCAUGAUCAACUGAACAAGAACCAAAAUAGGGUUUUACUUUAUCUCGAGAGCAAAAGGCCCGAUGCAACCCAAAUUAUUUGCUUGUGGAAGAAAAUGAAUUAAAAAAAGAGAAACUUUCCACCCAUUAAGAUUGAAGAGAUUAAUGUCGAAGCAGAAUUGAACAAAGUAUAUGUGUUUAGUUGUUGACACAAUGCUGUGAUUAAUUAUAUUUGAGCAAACUUGGACAAAAAUCUAUGAAUAAUACAAUUAAGUAACAAAUUUGUUAAGAGAAUCCCUUGCGUAAGGGGACACUUUCAAUUAUAUAAACAGUGCUGUCACAAGUGGAUUGAGGAAUGGUGAGCUUGACCCUGAGAAAAGGCUUUACCCUGGUGGAUUAAAUAAACAAUCCCUUAUAUUGAGGUUUUACUCCUCAUUGAUAAGCCUUAACGAGAAUUACAAAAAGUAUAUCAAGUAGUAAAUUAACUUCCCUUUUAUGAUGAUUGGCGGUUGGACAGUUGCUAAAUAUUCAUUUUCUUGUAGUGUCAGAGUCUUUAAAACAAGGAAGUGACACCACAAACGUUAAUGAUGCGCAAGAAACUCGACUUUUAAUGACAAAACCUGAGUUAUCCCUAUCUAUAAGUUUCAAGUUGCAAAGGCCUCACCCAAUUUCCUUGCAA